AUGCCUCCACCAUCCCCCUCUCCCAUCCUCCUCCUCCUCCUCUUCCUCACCCUGUGUCCUGAGCUGAGGAGCUAUGAGGCUCCUGAAGAUAAGCAGGAUGUGUUUGCUAGAAGAGCCUGUCCCGCCUUCCUGACCUUCACCAACGCUGCCUACCUGGCUGGAGUCACUGUGGAGCUUCCCUGCCACUGCAAACCCCAACAGAUCAAAUCAGUCGUGUGGUUCUUUAGGAAACAUCUGGGCGGCUCCAAGGAGACCAGAGUCCUGACUGAUCACCAUGGCAACAGGCUGCUGGACCCCAGUAGUGUUCCUCAUAGCGGAGAUCUGCGGAGUCGAUUCUCUAUCCGUCUCUUCAGCCUGCUGAUCUUCAGAGCGGGGCCCGACGAUUCCGGCAUAUACAUCUGCGGCUCUGUCCACAAAGACUUCUUCUACGGUUACGACCUGGACAUCCAGGAGGCACGCACGCUCAGCUUUACUCCGAGGCUCAUUCUGGAAACUAUGAGCAAGACAGGGAAAGAAGGAAAAGGACUGCUGUACCGGGUCUUUACCAGCUUCCGGCAGUGGACAGUCUGCGAUCGCUGUGGAAGACCUGGAGAGCAGGUUCGUGUGGGACUCUGCUACAUCCACUCCCACUACCUGCAUAUACGCUACAGAAGGGUCAAUCAGACGGUCGCUUCAUGCGGCUCGGGGGCGGUGCCCACGGUGUUCGGACAACUAAAGCAGCGCGGAGUUGGAGCCAAGCUAGAGGUCAAAAGCUGUCAAGUCACUUGUCAAACUCAAUCUCCGACUUCCACCACAAUCCACGCUCUGAUGGCAUUUCUUGGCUACAACUCUGCCUCCCUGCCAGUGUUCUACCUGAACCACCCUGCGGACCGUGUCCUGACCCUUGGCUGUCCCGCGGCGCGACCUAACAUGGCCGUGGCCUGGGACCAAGGAUCUGAACCCAUCUACCGAUCUGAACACUCGGCAGGUCGUAACCUCAGCACCACACGCCCCAGGCUGCUGAUAGACACCGGACACCACUUGGUGUUCAAACCUGCAAAAACUCAGGACUCAGGUGUCUACUACUGCUGGCUGCAGGGUCACCGAGCCGCUGAGAUACGUCUGCUGGUCUACGCUCAUUUGGGGCCGGGACAGUCAGUGACAUCACAUCCGGACUUCCCCACAGCUCUCAAUACUGUGUUGAGAUCAUAUGCUAUCAUGACAGCUGUGUUUUGCCUGAUACUGUUCGGCAGAGCUGGAGUCAGACACCUCACAGACACUGGAGAAACACACGUGGAUUAAACUUAAAAUGAAUAGUAAAUAAUCAUUGUUUGACUGAAUACUUUAAAAUCAUAACAAAUUGGACAUACGUGUUCUCCGCCGAUUGUCGAUGUUGGAAAUGUGCAUGUUUAAAUCGAGGCGAAACCUCGAGAAACAGCUUGUAUGAUCGCAAGGUUUUACAUUUGUGUUGUUUAGAGUGAAACCACACAUACAUUAAUAACAGUGCUAGCGAGAACAGUGCAAACAGCGGCAACAGAGCUGACAGAGUUUACUUGAGUAGGAACCAGAGGGUGGGCUUUACAAUUCUGUGACCGCGGCGGUAACCGCGGUACCAGUUAGCUUGGCAUUAGGGCACACACACACACGCACACACACACAGGGACUCACACGCACUAACAGGCACACGUGGCUGGACCGUAAAUUGCCAGAACCUCAUGUUAAUGGUACUUUUUUCUGCAUUCUUUUUCCAGUUCUGUCUUUUAUUCUUUCUUUCUUUUUUUUUAUUUCUGUCGAUCUAAGUUUUGCGCAAGCUAACGUCAUUCCCUCCUUCAUACCUCUGAAGUUGUCAGAAUGCAGAAGGUCUCUGAAUGCAGCUUUGUUUAAGACCGAGAUGCGUACAAACAUUUUGAAUUUUAAUACUCAGUAGAGUUGUGUUAUUUAUCUUUAACCACAAACGUAAACAAUAUUAAAGAAGCAUUGAAGUUCAUUCUUCCACCUCACAAAUAGUAGCUUGACAAAACAAUUGCAACUGAUCAAGGUCCACUUCCUUGCUUCAACCAUAUCACAUGGUCUUCAUCGGAAAAUUGAGUUUGCUAAGUUUCCAUGGAGAUAGAGACGCAAGCUCAGUUAGGGGGAUUCAGACCUAAAACAGCCGUGCGUUUUACAGCCCUGGGAAGUUAUAAUGGCGGCAACUGUUUUAUAUUUGUCGCAACAAUUACCAGGUAAACAGUGAAAAUACAGCGUUCAGUGUGCAAAACAAUCCAUCAGGAAUGUGUGCUUGCAUGUAUGUGAUUGUUAAUAUAUCCGCCAGGUUAAGAUGUUUCUAAUACUUCUGUGCAUAAUUAUAUUAAUAAAAUGACUUUCAGUUCAA